ACAUGUACUUUUUCAUUUCAGAAAUCACAUGAUGGCAAUGAUUCAGGCAGACCGUUCCAGAGCAACAUUUCAUCAUGUGUGCCAAGUGUUCCUUAUCGGACAACCAAAAGCGUGGAUUCAAGUGACGAAAGCUUUUCUGAAUCUGAUGAUGACAGCUGUCUGUGGAAACGAAAACGACAGAAGUGUUUCAACUUUCCUCCUUCUAAAUCUGAGCCGUUUCCACUUAGCCAGAGCCACCAGAAACAAACUGCUCUAGGUGGAAAGAAGGUCAACAACAUUUGGGGUGUGGUGCUCCAGGAACAGAAUCAGGAUGCGGUGGCUACUGAACUUGGGAUUCUAGGCAUGGAAGGUAGUAUUGACAGAAGCAGGCAGUCUGAGACUUACAAUUAUUUAUUGGCUAAAAAGCUAAUGAAGGAAGCUCAACAAAAGGAGGCAGAGACUUUAGAUAAAGAACUGGAUGAAUACAUGCAUGAUGACAAGAAAACAUUGCCAGCAGAAGAAGAAAAUGGGCAAGGCUUUCUCAAAAGGAAGCGGCCUGUAAAAGAUAGACUGGGUGAAAGACAAGAGAUGAAAUAUAAAGGAAGGUAUGAGAUAACGGAAGAAGAUUCAGAGGAAAAAGUGGCAGAUGAAAUUGCGUAUCGGCUUUGUGAACCAAAGAAAGAUUUAAUUGCCCGAGUAGUGAAAAUAAUUGGGAAGAGAAAAGCUAUUGAACUGCUUAUGGAAACAGCUGAAGUGGAACAAAAUGGCGGACUCUUCAUAGUGAACGGCACCAGGAGAAGAACGCCAGGAGGUGUUUAUUUAAACCUGCUGAAGAACACACCUAGCAUCAAGGAAGAACAAAUCAAGGAAAUAUUCUAUCUGGAAAACCAAAGGGAGUAUGAAAACAAAAAAGCUGCUAAGAAGAGGAGGAUACAAGUUCUAGGAAAGAAGAUGAAAAAAGCAAUUAAAGGGCUUAACCUGCAAGAAUAUGAUGAUGCAUCCCGUGAGACUUUUGCUAGCGAUACUAAUGAAGCUCUGGCUUCCUUGGAUGAUCUACAGGAGGGGCAUCAUGAAGCAAAGAUGGAACCUGAAGAUAUUAUUGAAAUUGAUAAUGCUCACGAUUUGGAGAUCUUUUAGUUACUAAUGUUCUUGAUAACAAAGUCUCUAUAAAAUUUAUUAAAUGAGCCUUUCUUAUAAUCCCAUGGCUUCUUGUUUUCAUAAACUGCAGAAACAUGGGAAAUACUUGAUGCUGAAGAACAUGACAUAAUUCUUAGCUAAAUUUAACAGCAUGAAAGAUGUUAAUUGUCCUAUUAUUUGUUUGCUGAGCCCUCAAAAACUGUUAAGGUUUUCUAGAUAACAGCUUUGCAUCACCAUGUUUGUUCCUUAGGGACUUUCUUUAGCCACAUGCUAAGUUUAGGUUUAAGGGUAUGUUUUAAUGAAAUACAUCAUACCUAAUUUGCUGAAGCUAACAAAGUCAUCAAGUGAGCCAUGCUCCUUGUUGUAGUUGAACAGAAAAGAACAGUAUAAAGUUAGUCUUGGUAUAACAGAACACGUGUUCUUAAUAUGGCCGUGUGUUGACAAGAAUAGCAGCGUUUAUAGGAUUCAGACCUGUAAAAACAGAUUGGUUUGUGAAAAACUUGAUUGUCGUAGUCAGUGACCUUUGAAUAACAACCUUGUAGAUAAGCACUGUUGAGCUACGUAUGUUUUAAUUCUCUGCAGCAGUUUAAUCUUUUGUGUUAUAAUAGUGGCUUGAGCUUCCGACCUGUUCUGUCUAGAGUUUUUCCACAUUUAGACACACACACGGCUUAUACAGAUCUUUGUGUUUGAAAACAAACUGAAUGCUUUCCAAGUAGUGAGGUUUUACUAAUUUGUGCUUCUUUCAGGGGCCUGUUGACUCUACAUGCGGGUAUAAACCCUUUACCUUGUAAUUUUUUUUUCCCUGCUGUUUCUCAUGUGUGCGGUAUGAUAAAUUAAUGUGUGGCUUGCAGAAGUUCUGAAGUUUUUCUAUGCUGACUCUUAAGAAAACAAUUGUAUGCAAAAAAUGAUUUUUUUACUUCAUGCAGAAGACUGUUGUGUAGUUUGUAAAUUCAAUUGAAGACAACUUUUAUGUUGAACGUUGUUUUUAAUACAACGGAAGAACAUGUACGACACUGUUCUGUAACUUAACAUAUGUACGAUGU